GAGCAACUCCGCCGCAGUGGGAGGAAGUUAAACCACAAAGCAGGCUGUAGCCUACAACACACAGCUACUUAAAUACAUUCGAAUCUAUUGAAGCGGAUUUCCAAUGAUACGUGCCGUAUUGGAGCUAAAACAAUCAAACUCUAGUUGUGGACGGCUAGUUUGCGAACGAAUGGACGGCAUACGAAGAGGCGUUCUUUUCCUGGCGAUCGAAUAGUGUUUCUCGCUCCAGUUGGCCGAAGCGUGCUCAACGCGUCGUAGUGCUUGGUUCUUAUUUUAUAUUUUAAGGGAAGGAUUACGUCGGGUACAGUGCAGAAGCUGAGACAUCGUCACCAUUUCGCAACCGAUGAGCUGCUCACGACCCCGGUCUCCAGGUCCAACCGCCCUACGACUGUCAAACGACGGCGGAGAGUAGGAAGAAAAGUUAUUGCGUUAACCAAGCGAUCCAGUUUCUAUGUUGGAACGCACCCCCCCACCCCUCCAUCAUCACGCGUCACCGCCGCGCCACCCUCCCGCCGUCAGUCGCUCUGUGUCGGGUCUCCAAGCGAGGAGGGUCCCCCCCCCAGCGCUCUGCUUAACGAGGCAAUUAUGGAUUAUUUCGUGCCGUGUUACCAAUCUUCAUAAAACCUUUUGGAUUUUUACGACCGUGCCUCUGAAGACUUGAAGACCUCCUCCCGGGUCGAGUCGCGGUUCCACCCGCUGGUGGUUGAACGUUAUUACCGCACAUCGCUGGCGGACGUCGAGCCAGGAGUCGUAGCUGCUAGCUGGCCACAUCAGGACACUACUUGCUACUAGCAACGAGAACGCUUUUAGGCGAACAGCACUGCAUUUAAAUAAUUUAAAAAAUAUAUACAUUUUCCGAAUGGUGGAACCGUGGGAGGUAAUUUUCUAUUCGCUGGCUAGCGAGUUAGCCUCCUCGUCCUCGCUAGCAGCCGUGCAGGCUAGCUCGUCGACUACCCACAUAUCGUUGUUUCCGACGUUAUAGAAAGUAAAUGGUCGGGCUACGUGUGGAUGUAGCAGCUUGUUGUUGUGCGCUCGUCCCGUCUCCCUGGACUGGACACAGUGCCAGGUCGCUCUGCUGAACAGCACCGUUCGGGAGAGCUUUCGGGUGAUCGCUGAGCCGAUAAGGAACAUUACACAGGAAGCCAACAACGAUGGCAACAUAAACAACAGCCGUGCUGGGAAUCUCUCCUUAACUUCAACACAACCCCUCUUGACGUGACUCACUGGCCGUGUUUGCACGUGUCUUUAUUCAAGUGGAACGGAGCUGGGUUCUCUGGGUUUCGGGUUAUUAUCUGAGCGAACGGCCAUACACUGUUGAUUCGUUAUUUUGUCUGAUUUUGUAAAACAAUCGCUCUCCCAUUUACAAACAUCUACCCCCCCCCCCCCUAGACGUACCGAUCAGUGGGGCGCAUCAUUCAUGGAUGGACAUCAUUCCCAGUAGGACCUACGAUGUCCAAGGACCUGUAGGACUGGACAGUGCUCCUCUGCUAACCCUCUUCUGAGACCUACCUGGUCGAGGCAGAGCCCAUCGCCAACCAGCAGAGUCCGGGGCAGCGGUGGCCAUUAACGUGAUCGCAAGCUGCAUUUAAAUGCAACAUUUGCAUUGACAUUUCCCCGUUAUGCCGUGUCACUGCGAUGCCUGAAUCUCUGGGGAAGUACAACUACUCUGACGACGACGACGACGACGACCACACAGCAACCUAUACAAUCCACGUUCACUCAUCAAUGUCUCCCCCCUUCUCAGCCACACAAUGAUGUGUUUUGAAACUGAGUGUACCGAAUAACACGCUUUUGAGCCAACGACAUUCCGGCUGAUGGUGUUCCCUGCCAUCCACAAAGCUCUCCGUCAUGCACAUGGGCCCCGGGUGUUGGUAAUAUAAGGCGACAUUCGUGUUUAUAACCUCUUCAACCCAUUCCCCGUGUGAUAUCUGGCAUCGAUUCGGUCGUCCGGGGCUGAAGAUGGCGGACCUCGAAGCAGUGCUCGCCGAUGUCAGCUACUUGAUGGCGAUGGAGAAGAGCAAGUCUACUCCAGCGGCCCGGGCGAGCAAGAAAAUCAUCCUCCCUGAACCCAGUAUUCGCAGUGUGAUGCAGAAGUACCUGGAGGAGAGGGAUGAGCUGACGUUUGACAAAGUCUUCAACCAGAAGAUAGGCUUUCUGCUGUUCAAGGACUUCUGUUUGAAUGAGAUAGAUGAAGCAGUGCCACAGCUCAAGUUCUACGAAGAGAUUAAGGACUACGAGAAGCUGGACUCGGAGGAGGAGAGGUUGCUUCGCAGCAGACAGAUUUACGAUGGCUACAUCAUGAAGGAACUUCUGUCCUGUUCACAUCCUUUCUCUAAGAAGGCGGUGGACCACGUCCAGACCCACCUGGCCAAGCAACAAGUGCCCCCCACUCUCUUCCAGCCGUACAUAGUGGAGAUCUGCGACAGCUUGAGAGGCAACAUCUUCCUGAAGUUCAUCGAGAGCGAUAAAUUCACCCGGUUUUGCCAGUGGAAGAAUGUCGAGCUAAACAUCCACUUGACCAUGAAUGACUUCAGUGUGCAUCGGAUCAUCGGCAGAGGGGGCUUCGGGGAGGUGUACGGCUGCAGGAAGGCCGACACGGGGAAGAUGUAUGCUAUGAAGUGUUUGGACAAGAAGAGGAUUAAGAUGAAGCAGGGAGAGACUUUGGCCCUCAAUGAGAGGAUCAUGUUGUCUCUCGUCAGCACAGGGGACUGCCCGUUCAUCGUGUGCAUGACCUACGCCUUCCACACCCCCGACAAGCUAUGCUUCAUCCUGGACUUGAUGAAUGGAGGAGACCUGCACUACCACCUGUCUCAGCACGGUGUGUUCAGCGAGAAGGAGAUGCGUUUCUACGCCGCCGAAAUCAUCCUGGGCCUGGAACACAUGCACAACCGCUUCGUGGUCUAUAGAGACCUCAAGCCGGCCAACAUUCUGCUGGACGAGCACGGCCACGUUCGGAUCUCGGACCUGGGCCUCGCGUGCGACUUCUCCAAGAAGAAGCCCCAUGCCAGUGUGGGCACGCACGGCUACAUGGCUCCAGAGGUGCUGCAGAAGGGGACGGCGUACGACAGCAGUGCUGACUGGUUCUCCCUGGGCUGCAUGCUGUUCAAACUGCUCCGAGGGCACAGUCCGUUCCGACAGCACAAAACCAAAGACAAACAUGAGAUUGACCGGAUGACACUUACCAUGAACGUGGAGCUGCCGGACUCCUUCACGGUGGAGCUGAAGGGUCUUCUGGAGGGUCUGCUGCAGAGAGACGUGGCCAAGAGGCUUGGCUGCCUGGGUCGAGGGGCUCACGAGGUGAAGGAACAUCUGUUUUUCAAAGGCAUCGACUGGCAGCAGGUGUACCUCCAAAAGUACUCUCCUCCUCUGAUCCCACCGAGAGGAGAGGUGAACGCAGCAGAUGCUUUUGACAUUGGCUCCUUUGAUGAAGAGGACACCAAGGGUAUCAAGCUAUUGGACAGCGACCAGGAGCUGUAUAAGAACUUCCCGCUGGUCAUCUCGGAGCGCUGGCAGCAGGAGGUGGCGGAGACGGUGUACGAGGCGGUCAACUGCGACACGGACAAGAACGAGGUCCGCAAGAGGGCCAAGAACAAGCAGCUGGGCCACGAGGAGGACUACGCCCUGGGGAAGGACUGCAUCAUGCACGGCUACAUGCUGAAGCUGGGGAACCCGUUCCUCACCCAGUGGCAGCGUCGCUACUUCUACCUCUUCCCCAACCGGGUGGAGUGGAGGGGGGAGGGCGACACGCGGCAAAACCUGCUGACGAUGGAGCAGAUCCUGACGGUGGAGGAGACCCAGAUCAAAGACAAGAAGUGCAUCCUGCUGCGCAUCAAAGGAGGGAAGCAGUUUGUGCUGCAGUGCGAGAGCGACCCGGAGUUCGUCCAGUGGAAGAAGGAGCUGACGGAGGCCUUCACCGAGGCCCAGAAGCUGCUCCGCCGGGCCCCCAAGGUCAUCGGCAAGGGCCGGGCCGGCAUGGUGGAGCUCUCCAAGCCCCCCCUCACCCACCGAAACAGCAACGGGCUGUGAACCGGCCCCCAGCGACUCGCCCCGCCCGACCCACCGCCACCACCAGACGCACGCACACACCGACCACACCUCCAGACACAAGACACCCCCCCUCCCCGGCCCUCCGCCCUCUCUCCAUCCGCCCGCCCCCGCCCGACCGGCCAUGGCACCGCCUGGUCCUGCCGCCUCCUCCACCUGCUCCGCCUCCAGCGACGGCCCCCCGAAGACGGCGCAGUGCGUGGGCCGGCCCCCCCGCCAGACUAAGCAGACUCUGCAUACUUGUGUUUGAAAGAAAACAAUACGCACACACACACACACACCAUCUCUCCCGUCUCUUGUGUUACGGCCAAUCACAGACGGGCGAGACGGGCGGGAUGGGCGUGAAGCGUGAACGGUGGGAAGGAUGAACUGAGCAUGUGCGAAUAGAACCCCCCCCCCGACUCUCUGCAUGACUGUGGCGAGGACCGGGGCGAUUAGGUCGAAACGUCCUCUCUCCUCGUCGACCGCCGUCCUGCUCCUGUGUCUCUCUACCGAUCUCGCCUGGCUCCGCCUCCUGCUGCUUGUGUGCUUCUUCUGCGGCGGUUUCUCUGCGGUUUCUCGGCGGUUGGGAUGCGUCUCUGUCUCAGAGACGGACCUCAGACCGGGCCCUCAGACCCAGGUGGGGGCGGGAUGGGAAGGUGGGGGGGGGAAAGCGGUCAGAGCAAGAGGGGUUCAACGCAACACGCCUUCCUCCGAAGAUAAUGACUUCCUCUGGACACAUGCACACACAUAGACACUGACACACACACACACACAGAUAAACACACACACACACACAAACACACACCAGCUUAAACCUUCCCGUUGGGAGUGGAGUUCGCUGGCUGCUGCGUCAGGUGCUGCUGCACUGAUCCCAUUCCUCAGUUUUUGGCCCUAUAAGCCCCUCCCCACCCCCUCUUCACUCCCCUCCUCUCCCCCCUGCCCCCCUCAGUCAGUGCUAAGACACGGGGCGGUGGAUCGCCACACGGAGAGGAUCUGGAUCCGCUGGCGUUUGUUGGCGAGGGGGCCGCGUGUGGAGGCAGAAGGCGGGGGUCUGGCUGGAAGACGCUGCUCCAGGUGGCCUUGCACGCACACACACACACACACACACACACCUGUGUUUGUGUAUCGCUGGUCUCAGUUCAUCUUCUCUUCUCCCCCUCGCAAACAAGGGGUGAGGGAGGAUGAGGGAGGGAGGGAGGGGGGAAGGCCCGUCACCUCGUCCGUUUAGUCGUCAUUAUUGAAGUGCGUCAUGUGCCAACGUCCGUUUUCCCUCGGGACAACCCGCCUGAACACAGGAUUAAGAAGCCUCCAAUCAGAGAGCACUGAAUCAUUCCAUGGCAGGAAACAGGAAGUGGAAACCACGGACUCCUCAUCAAAGAAACAAACAAAUCUUUCUCCUGUACAGCCAGUUGCCAUAGAGACCCCCUUCAACACCCACACACACACACCCCUAGAUCCUAUAUAUAUAUAUAUAUAUAUAUAUAUUAUUAUAUCCACCGAUGGGACAGCAGUUACUGUUGCUGUGGAAAUGGAGCGUAACCUUGGUGACCGCAGCGUAUCCCUGGGGGAUCAGUAACCACGGCGGAGGAAGAAGAGGGAAAAUUCAAAAAAAGAAAAAAAGUACAAACAAUGUCACUCCGUUUUGUUAUGAAGGAUCCACAGGAGACGGACUGCCGGGAUUGGAUGAAGUAUCGCCGGGGUUGGAGUGUAUAUAAAGCAACCCUUAUUGUUUUCUCUCUGUGCAUCUCCAGUAUAUUCGCGUACGCUACAAGCCUGUCUGCAGUCACGGGGGACUACUUGUGUCUGCCGCCCGGCAGAACCUUUUGAAUGAACUCCUAUAUAUAAAUAUCAUUUCAGGGUUUUUAGAUUCUCCCCCCCCCCCCCCCCCCCCAUGCAGUACACUGUUGUCUGUGACGUCCAUGCAUUUCUAGAGCUGUGAUGUUUGUGUGACCUGCAGUUGGAUGCGUUUGAUUUUUAAAGCGGGCGGGGCUGGGGGAUGUUUGGCGAUGUGAUCUUUUUUUUGGGGGUUUUAAUUGUAUUUUUCUUGGUAGCCUUUAAAAGUCAGGGGAGAUGUUUUUUGUCUUAUAGAGAAAUCGCGUCACCUAUCAAGGUGUCUUUUAUUUUUGUAAACCAAAAUGGUUUUUUGUUUUUCGCUUUUUUCAAUUGAACAUUGUCUUUGCACCUUUUUUAGCCCAAUGUGUUACUUACUAGAUGUUGUAUGUGCCAAAUAACUGUUGCUGGCUGAGUCCAACGCAAUGGGGAGCCUCCUCAUUACAGCAACAGCCAAUCCAGCUGUUGUGACUGCAACACACACACACACACACACACACACACACACACACACACACACACACACACACACACACACACACACACACACACACACACACACACACACACACACACACACACACACACACACACACACACACACACACACACACACACAGUGAGAGAGACAACCUACUAUUAGCGGAAGCCAAGGUAGAGCGGUAGUGAUCAUCGUUGAAGGGUACAAUACUGUGACCAAAUGUUUUCUGGCGGAGGUGCCAGGUCCGAGACACGUGAUGCUUGUGCGGUGCUGCUGCCCCGCCCCAACCCCCACCGCACGCAGCCAUUGGACACCGAGGAACCAUGUGAUUCUCUGCUCGUUUCCCGGUAGGUCUCGGUUUCACACCGUCUCUGUGUAUGUCGUUUGAAUGUCUGCACGUGCGUGUGCUUCAUAAUGGCUUUCUAUGUUUAUUUAGUAGAGAUGGUUUGUCAUACUGGUUUCUCUUGUUCAGACUCGCGCUCUCUAGGUCUCUCAACACAAGACAAUUCAAAAAGAAUGGCAUAUAGAGAAAAAAGUUAAAAAGUAUAUAUAAAUAUAUGUGUAUAUGAAUUGACAAAAAUGCUCUAGGUUUAUUUAAAAGAUUUAAUGUAGAAAUCAAAAAAAAAUGUUUGGGGGAAGGUUAGGGUUUUGAUGUGAGUUUAAAUGUUUGUGGUGAAGACUUCAGCCUGAAUCUUGCACAUAAAGACUUAUGAUAUUGUACCUGCGAGUUAAAGAUAAUUAUUAUUUUUUGAAUACCGGACUUUUGCUCUUUUUCAUAUUUAUUACGUGUUUGGGAAGCUAGCGUUCGCCGACCACGUCAAUGAGCUCCAAGCUGAGACCUCGCUGUAAAAAUACUCCGGUUACCACAUCCCAUUUUAUGUUUUUUAUUUUUUUUUUAUUUGCCACAAACAAACACAAAUACUACUGGCUUUGGUUUAUAUCAUUGAGGUUAUGAUGAUACUGAUAUAUUAUUGAUAAUAUUAUUCAAUGAUUAUUAUUAUUAAAUGUAUUUUAUUUCAAUGAUUCAUUUUUGUUUUCGAGACAGGAACUUGUGUGUUGGACUGCUUGUAUAACAGUUCAUAAAUAAAAACUUUUUUUUCCUGUU